AUGGCAUCAUACGGCCACCACAUGCCCGCAGCGGCCCCGCGAGCUGCUCAUCCUGCCACCUAUGGCGCUGCGAUGCCAGCUCCCGUGGCCUCAGCUCCUGCGGGCACUUUCGCUCCUGGAACCAAGAUACAAGUUGGCAACCACAGGGUGGUGAUUCAGAAAUAUCUAUCUGAGGGAGGCUUUGCCCAUGUUUAUCUGGUGAAGCUUCCCAAGCCCAUUGAUGACACGGACGUGGCUGUCCUGAAGAGAGUGGCUGUUCCCGAUAAGGAGGCGUUACGGAGCAUGCGAACCGAGGUUGAGACCAUGAAAAGGCUGAAAGGCCAUCGACCAAUCGUUACUUACAUCGAUUCGCAUGCAUCUGAAAUGCGUGGGGGAGGCUACGAGGUCUUCCUUCUCAUGGAAUUCUGCAACGGAGGCGGCUUGAUCGACUUUAUGAACACGCGUCUACAACACCGACUGACCGAGCCUGAAAUCCUCCACAUCUUCACCGACAUCGCUGAAGGAGUUGCUUGUAUGCAUUAUCUUAAGCCGCCGCUACUUCAUCGGGAUCUAAAGGUUGAGAACGUUUUAAUUCUCAGCCAUGGCUCCCAGAAGAGAUUCAAGCUCUGCGAUUUUGGAUCCGCCGCGCCUCCCAAACCCGCCCCGCAAACAGUUGUCGAAUGUAGGCUCAUGGACGAGGAUGUCCAGAAGCACACCACCAUGCAAUACAGAAGCCCAGAGAUGAUCGACGUCUACCGCAAGCUACCGAUCGACGAGAAAUCGGACAUAUGGGCUUUGGGUGUGCUAUUAUACAAACUGUGUUACUACACUACGCCUUUUGAAGACCAGGGACAGCUGGCCAUUCUCAAUGCGAGCUAUAGAUUCCCAAGUUACCCGGUGUUCUCUGACCGGCUGAAGAAGCUCAUUGCAUCUAUGUUGCGCGAGAGCCCUCAAUCUAGACCGAAUAUUUAUCAGGUUCUACGCGAAGGCUGUGCCAUGCAGGGCCGUGAUGUUCCUAUACACGAUAUCUAUUCUGGAAAGCAUCACUCAGAGCUGCAAAGUAAAGAUCGGCGUUCUGCUGCAGACCAUUCUCAAUCUAAGCCCGUUGUUGGUGCCGUUUUCUCCCCGUCUGCGCAAGAAGAACAGGCCAUUCCGGACAUCGUUCCCAUGAGAAGAGGGAGACUUCCAGCGACCAGCCAACCAUCUCAGACUCAGCAAGCACCAAAGCCGAGUCCGUCCCCGAUGCGGGUGACUAAUGGGGAUCCUUUUGCUGCUCUGGAUACGCAAGCCGCUCCAACAGCUGCUCCUGUAGCUGCCCCAGCAGGAGAUGUGGAUGACUUUUCUUCCCGGUUUCCUUCUUUGGACCAAUUUUCUCUCCUGCAUGAGCAAGGGUCCAAAUUCAACUUCGACUCGAACACCCCGCCCUCAACGCAUCAGCAGAGGAACCUGGGCCAGAGGCCUAAUGAGAAUCCCGCCGAUGCGGCUUUUACGGCGGCGCAGCCGACUCCGGAGAGCCAGGAACCCAUUCGCUCUAGGACUGCUGCCCCAACAGGUACAUCUUCUUACACGCCGCCAACAGUGAAGUCGCCGCCACCAGGCACUGCUGGCUUAACAAAGACUGCUUCGGCUCCUUCGAAGCCAACUGAGAUGAGCAGAGCACAUGCUAUCAUUCAGAAGAAUCCCGAACUGCAAGCCAUUUCAUCUCAGUCCCAGACGCAAGCCCAGUAUCAGGUUCCGCCAUCGAGGUACGUCUCGACGGGUACGAUGACAACCUCUCCAGCGCCUGAACAGCAAGCCCGGGAGCCUAAACCUAUAUGGCGAGUGCCUACAUCCGACCAUAGUCGGUCAGCCAGCCUUCCUCGUCAGGUAGAUGCGAACGCCAGCUCGCGCUCAGGCACCGAGGAUUCGGCCACGGGGUCCAUUGCCCGCGUUCCAUCGUACCAGUUCCGGCCGGCUCACGUACGGCAUCCAUCAUCAUCGCGUCCUUCACUGGAAGGUGGACGACCAAGCCUAGAUCUUCUUGAUUCAAGCGCCCAAAGAAGAUCCAUUGACGGCCGCCCGAGGCCAGUCAGUACCCAUCUCGAGUCCAAUUUAGAUUUCUUGCGGGAGAAAGAAGGUUCUUCGAAGCCUCUGCCUUCCCCUAGUCUCUUGUCCCCGAAGUUCCCUGAUAGAGUUCCUUCUCCUGCGGCGCCGAUAGAAUUCGAGGAGGAGGCCCAUAUUGAGUCGAACGUAGAGUUCUUGCGUAGUAUGGAAGAGUCAAAGUCAGAGAAAAAGGACUGGGGCGCUAAGCAUGGCAAACGGGGAAGUCUUAGCUCUUUGUCGGGGACGAAAAAUAUCUUUGCUGGAAAGUUUGGGGACGCGUUCAAACGGUUUGAAGGAAACCAGGCCCCUGUGCCCGCUCGAACCCCCUCACCUCUCAAGCAACCAGACCGCCCAGCAUUAACUCCGAUUGAAGGCUCAGAAGCUACCGACGGCCGCACUGAUGACGGCAAGGGCUUGGAGGAAACUGAGGAUAUGACACCAGCAAUGCGAAGAGAGCUUGAACGCCUGCGCCUUGAGGAAGAAGAGCGCCGUGUCGAAGCUGCCGCUGCAGAAUACCGCCAACGGUUUACAAACCAAGGAUCAAGCUCUGGCGGUCCCACUCCGCUGCCGAAAAGCAUUGGUGGAGUCUCUCGGGCUGUCAGCAUUCAAAACAGAGUGCAAACCCUUUUGAACGAGGGUCAGAAAUCCGCGGCCCAGGUUCCCCGUACUGCUCAGGGUUAUGGAGUCUACACCGAUGCAUCCUCAACCGGCAAUCGUUUGGACAAACAGCUGCCCGAUAUCCCUCGCAAGCCGGUCGGUGGUCCCAAACCCCGAUCCGUGACACCUUCCGGUUCGCAAGAUGUCAUGGUCCAUAAAAUACGUGCGUCCGCGAGUGAGCCAAUGCCUCCAACUGGACGAAACACUCCUGGGCCAAGACCAGUGGCACCGCGUAAGCCAAUGCACCUUAAUAGCCUCCCAACUGGUGGCCGACCAAGCUCGCCACCAAAAACGUCGCAGCCCCCUACUAUGCCCUCCGACCAUUUGGUUGGCGUGGGGUUGUCAGGGCGGUCAGUACUGGAGAUGUCAGCAAAAGAGAAAGACGACUACCUACAGGACUUUUCAAAGCGUUUCCCUAGUCUGGGCUCUAUCGAGAUGGUUGAGCGGGAUCUCGCGGCAGAGGCAGGGGAGCCACGACCGGCACGGUGA